CGGAAAUUACCCAUAUGCUGAAAAAAUUGAAGUUGCAGAUUUGUACCACAGUUCGCAGCUCAUAGACCCAUUUACGUGCAAGAUUCUUCUUUAGAUGGAAUGCACUCCUCUGUCUCAUACACAUAUAUAUUACGCGUUAAAUCUUAUGGCAUUAGUAUGCUCAAGAGAUGGAGAUAUCUUUCAUUUUAUUGGUAAGAGCAAUUUUCCUAUUGAUUCUAGGGCAAUGUGUAUUUUCUGCAGAAGUUCCUGCUUUAAUAUUAUUCGGGGAUUCUACAAUAGACGUGGGAAACAACAACCAUCUUCUCACGUUAGCAAAGAGCAACCAUCCUCCCUACGGACGCGAUUUUCCUGGUAAAAGGAUAACCGGCCGGUUUUCCAAUGGAUUGGUAGCCACGGACUACGUUGCAUCUAUGCUUGGACUGGGUUCUGCAACGGUUGGUUAUUUGAAUCCGGAGGCUAAAGGAGAUAACAUAGUGAGGGGCGUUUCAUUUGCUUCUGCAGCAUCUGGUUUCUACCGUGGCACUGCCAAAAUUUAUAAUGUCCUAAGCCUAGAAGAUCAAUUGAAACUGUACAUACAAUACAGAGAAGACUUAGCCCGUGUGGUGGGUGUAGCCAAUGCUUCGACAAUUUUAUCUGACGCUCUUUAUCUCAUAAGCACUGGCAGCAAUGACUAUCUUAACAACUACAACUACAAUAUUUUUCUUCAAAUUGAAUAUAAUCGAAGACAAUACAGAAACCACCUGCUCAAUCUUUUGGCUAAUUUCUUAGAGGAGCUUCGAUUUUUGGGUGUACGUAGAGUGGGGGUGUUAUCUCUUCCUCCGUUUGGCUGCUUACCCUCACAAAUUACACUAUACGGUCUCGGAAAGGAGACUUGUGUAAAAAACCUUAACAAAGAGGCACAAAUUUUUAACUCGAAAAUGCUCAAAUUACUACAGAAAUUGAAUGGAACGGAUGGCAUGAGGCUUGCUUAUGUAGACAUUUUCUCCCAACUCAAGGACGCUGCAAGAUUCCCAGCAAAGUAUGGGUUUGUAGAAGGACGGAGAGGAUGUUGUGGAACAGGGCUUGUGGAAGCAUCGAUCUUUUGUAACAAAUUUAGUAUUGGCACAUGUGCAAACGCUUCAAAAUAUGUAUUCUGGGACAGUUUCCAUCCAUCAGACAGAAUGAGCUUUCUUCUUGCGAAAACCCAGCUUCCAAAAGUUCUCCAUGACUUGUUAUGACAGAUCUACUGUAUUUCGUUUUCGGUGGAUUAGUUUGCCAAUCCUAAUCAUAUUAGCUGGAGUUAGCUUUUCCUAGGUGUUUUCUUGUAAUAUGAGUAUCUUAUAAUAUCAAUAACUACU